AUGAGUCUCAAUCAACACAGUCUUGAUUGGGGCGACUUACUGGUCUUUGCGUUUGACCCAGCGCAUAAUCCCGGUCGCUUUCGUGCAGAGCAAUUCUGGCAUUGCCCAGAGAACUUUUCUAAACUUAUGCGCCUUUGGACUAGCGAUGGCGCAACUUGCUCUGGGCAACAACUUGUCAAGGACUUUGCAAUUGACCUAGUCUCCCGGUUAAUGAAGCGCGAGUCUCGGCGAGCUACCAAGGAAGGAUUCUUGCGUCUAGCCCCGGGGGACCUUCCUAUUCAGACAAAUGAGUUUGGACUUCAGAACAUUACAAAACAACUAAAUCUACAUUGCGCAACUACAAUGUCAGUCCUAAAGGCCGUUUGCACAUUGUCAAAGCAGAAGAAGACGCUUACUGAAAUGGGAAAAAGCCGUAAAGAGAAGGUUGUGUCUGUUGCAGCAUUAUCGCUCCUCCAGGAGUACAACCAACUAAACAACAAAUUUCAAUCGCUAUCGAGCCUUUUCUUAUAUGCAUCUGGAGUCUCGCGACAAGGCAUCUCUGUGAUCUCAAGCUACGGGAAUUCAACUAGUUAUUCCAAACUCAUAGCUCGCCCAAACUUUGCUGCCAAUGUUGAAAAUACUCCAGGAUGCGUGACUGCGGUCAAGCAACGUAAAGCUGGAACUCUGUUCAACCUCUCGCAAGCAUGCCGACAGAUGCUACGCGAAAUUGCAGCAGAGCGCCCGAUGGCAGUUGUAUACAACAAUAUAAAUAUAUACUUUAGGUCGGAACAAGUAGCUAUUGGGAAAAAAGACACGCUCGAAAGCGGCACAUGCGCUACAGCAUUUGAGCUCUUUAAAGCAAGCCCCGAAGAUAUGAAGGUGUUGGACCUUAAUGCUAAAUUUAUCAACGCUCGUGGACUAACAUUGGAUGACAUUCAACUGACGCACAAGGAAUCAAGCCUUCACCUCAAAUGUAUCGAGUAUACAAUACUUGAUAUUAUUGUGACAUACGGUGGCCACGAGUUUCAGCGCUACCGCUUGCUGUUGGAUGAAAUCCUACCCUUGUCAGAAAUCAAACGAGAAGUUCAUCACGAUCGUAUAUAUCCUAUGCCAACAAUGGAACUCGACGAAGCCACGAUCAAAGGAAAUAUCGAGAUCUGCCAAACGCUAUUUAAGGAACUAGGCUUGGACACUUCAACCCUUGAGUUCGCACAAUUCGUUCGCAUACUUGCUGGCGAUCAACUUACAGUGUCACGGCUCCGUACGAUCGCCAAAAACCGAAUAGGGCAUGAAUCCAGCUAUGAGUCGUUUGAAUGGCUCGUCCCCAUAAUCGGCUUAUUCCACUUGAAGAUGGCUCAGACGCAGGGAAUUUUGGAGACGCACCUUGGGCACUCAAACUCCAGCCGUAAUCCAACGUCUCUUGCAUUUCAAAACACAAUACUCCAUCAAAAGCCUAUUCCUACACCAACGCCCUUUCACACUGCUCGUGACUUGAUUCAGGUAUCGCUCUAUGCUCGCAUUCUGCAUUGUUUUCAACUUGUCUCCGGAAACACAAGCUUGUCGGCCCUAGCGAACCAACUCUCUUUGCUCGACUCUCAGGAUUCUGAAGAUCCUCCGACGUGCUCGUUUCGCCAGCUGAGACGGUACGCCCAAGACCUAUACCAGGAGCAUGCUAGUACUCAAAAGGUUUACCAUCUCCGGCAAGCUCGGAAGGCCGGAGGCGAGGGGUCUGAUGCCGGCGACGCUAUAUUUGAGGACUCCAGUUUAUUCAUACGAGAUGCACUAGAACUUCAGGCAUACACUGCGGCAAUCAAGGCCGGAGACUCCGGAAGGGCUCUCAUAUCGCUGAAGCUAUGGGCUCUUGCAUUCCGUGCUAAUGGUCGAUCCAAGUACGCGCAGGAGAUGCUUUACUUGAUUCAUAAUUUAACCCAUGUAUGGCCGCAACCACUUCGGGAUAUUAUACUCAAUAACUGGCUCCUCAAUCCAACCGGGAACCCGAAUUCACACGUUGAACUAGAUCUAGUUCAAGAACAUCUCAUUUUUUGGAUCAAGAAUAUGUACAAAGCACACGGAAGUGGUGCCUCAUGGGAGUGGUUGGCCCACAUCUCUCCGUGCGUCGACUUCCUUCGCCGACUCGCAAGAGAGUUCCAGCGAACCCUGGGUGAUGAUCAAGGCGCCAAGCACGCUCAGGCUGAUCUAUCCCGUUCAAUAGAUACAUUAAUACGCAGUUUUACCACCAAUGAAAUACACACCAUCAAACCUGGACGGUCUAGAGCCGAUGCCGAUGGACCACCCAUAGUUGACAUGAUAACCGAGGGGAUGCGCCAACUCGUUCACGGCACUGACGGACCGAUUGCAAAAUUUAAUCGAGAGCUCGAGCGGCUUCAGAAGCGCCGUAAGCUCAUGCCAGUGUCAACGCAGUGGGAGCAUUUUCAAUCCACAAUGGAAACCUCGGACACACACGAGCACGAGAACAUGAACGGCACUGAAGGCAAAAGCGAAGACGAGUGGGAGAGUAUGCACGUUAGCAAAGCUCAGAGUGAUAGCUCCGAGUUAGGGGUUGAAGAUCAAGGCGAACACAGCGACUCCAAAACUGAAGCAGAGGAGUCGGAAUCCGAAGAAGGCGAGGACGAGGAGUUUAGGCAAGAGGCGUUUAGUCUAGAAUUUGAACUUGGAAACGAAGUCUUCAAUGCGUUUGGUGAUCCAAGCGAAUCUGAGGAAGAAGAGCCCGCUGCAUGCGGCGAGCUUGAUAGUGACAACGACAGUCUCAUUGAUGAGCUGUAG